AAACUUUAGAUAGAAAGGUGACAACUCUGUAUUGCCUACGUGAGAGCAACAAUUUGUCAUAAAAACAUUUGGCUAAAAACUACUUAAAAUUACAAAAAUCAAUAUGAAAGUUUCCGUUUUUGGCGAACUUAACACAUUCGAGCUGUUUAUCCUGUGUACAGUAAUACCGGCUGUUUUCGUUUUCUUGUGGACCCUAAUAUCUGGCGAUAUGAAGAACUUCAAGGGCAGUAAACUGGCCUACUCAGUCUAUACGGCCAAGGACCCGAUUAAUUGCUAUCAGGAAUACAUGCCGGAAAAACAAAAGGAUUCUUAGAAUAUCAAAGCCUUAUCAUGUAUUCAAAUUGUACAUAUGUACAUAUACGAAAUAAAAGCAAAUAAUAGGAGGA